CACGGUCACCGAGCGAGACCUCAACAAAUAUAUUUUACUUAUGAGAUACUGUAUUAUACCUUAAAUACAGAUUUCCAAUAUCCAAGUCAAGUACUGUAAUUCAUUUCUAGAAUAUGGUUGACGAAGAAAAAAUCAAACUAUUAUUUAAUACCGCGUAAAUUUUACCGCGACCAGUCUGUAAUAACGGUUCGCAGAAAAAUCACUCUCGGGGUUGUUAUGCUUUUCAAAACAUAUUCAAAUAAUGCUGUAUUUGGAUAUGGGACAAGUUUACCGCCCAAUAAUAACGACUUGGAUGAACCAAGUGGUUCGGGGAAAAAGGUGAUAUUCUGUGUCCAUGGGAAACUUUCAGGAUGCUGUACUAUCGCGAAAGGUUGCCCUGUGGAAGGUAAUAAUACGCGACCAGAGUUUCAGAGAAGUCCGUCGCUGUAUGAAGACCACUGCCAUCGAGAGAGGAAUGAAAAAGUUGAUGGAAAAGCACGGAAAAAAUUAGUGAUCGCCAGCAUCCUCUGUGUGCUCUUCAUGAUUGCUGAAAUAAUAGGUGGUGUGUUAUCAAGUAGUCUUGCCAUAGCUACAGAUGCAGCACAUCUUCUCACAGAUUUUGCAUCUUUUAUGAUAUCCUUAUUUUCAAUAUGGGUUGCCAGUAGACCAGCAACAAGAAAAAUGCCGUUUGGUUGGUAUCGCGCAGAGGUUAUUGGAGCACUGACAUCUGUGCUGAUGAUUUGGGUGGUGACUGGCAUUUUGAUAUAUUUAGCUGUAGAGAGAAUUAUUCACAAAGAUUUUGAAAUUGACUCAACAGUCAUGUUGAUCACAUCUGCAGUAGGCGUUGCGGUGAAUCUAUUAAUGGGAUUGACUUUACACCAGCAUGGUCACAGUCAUGGUGGAGGAACCGUGAAGAAUCAUGGUCAUGGACACAAACCUACGGAGAACGGAAGCCAUGGUGAUAAUCAUAAAACUAACAUUAAUGUCCGAGCAGCAAUGAUUCAUGUAAUUGGUGAUUUUAUCCAAAGUAUUGGUGUUUUCAUAGCUGCAAUCUUUAUUUACUAUAAGCCCGAAUGGAGUAUUGUUGAUCCUAUUUGCACAUUUCUAUUUUCUGCCCUUGUUUUGGCCACAACAAUGGCAAUUAUGAAAGAUACGAUAAACGUAUUAAUGGAAGGAACUCCAGCUGGUCUCGACUACUCACAAAUUGAGAACACAUUCAUGCAAAUCGAAGGUGUCCUCAAAGUACAUAAUCUGCGUAUAUGGGCACUUUCCUUAGAUAAAACAGCCCUUUCUGCACAUCUUGCAAUAAGACCUGGGAAAUCUCCGCAGGAAAUCCUUCGGACAGCAACGAGAAAUAUCCACGACAUGUAUGAUUUCCUUGAAAUGACAUUGCAGAUAGAAGAAUUUAAUCAAAAAAUGGAAAACUGCCAUCAGUGUAAAUCGCCGCCGCCGUUGUAACGAUGAUUUCGUUUAAAUGAACCAAUAAAUUGAAAGCAAUAAAUUUUUAUCAGCUCAAUUACAGUAUUCAGAAUAUGUAAAAAAUAAAGUUUCCAGAUAGAAUA